AUGGGGAGUCUGAUAUUUAAGGUGAUGAGCCGACGUGGCUCACGCAUGAGUCAGUCUGGCAGCGGAGAUCGAACGACCAAUGGUGUUAUGGGACACAAAUCAGAACGUUCGCCAAGUCAACCGGAUGUGCAUUUCGUUGGAUGCAUUGAGAGGCGAUGGCGCUCACCAACAAUAUGUGCGGAGACUUUUGAGCACGACCGCUUAAUGGCUUCGAAAAAACGAAUCAGCAUCAUUCCGGACCCACCCAGCGUCGAAGUCGCAGCAGUGACGAUGAGCUAUAAAGAGAUCACCGAUUCGCAUCAUACUGCUCCGCAAGUUUCUGCGGAACACGCCUCAGAUUUAUGCGCUCCCUUAGGUAUGUUUGGAGUAACAAAAAUCGAAAAAUUUUUAUUCGUUAAAUAA